AUGGUUGUGGAACAGGGAGUGGAGCUGAGGAACAUGGAGGAGCAGGUUGAGGAGCUGCAGAGACAGAAUGAAGGUAAUGCACUGUUGGGAUUUGAAGUAGUGUUUAAUUUCGCAACCAAUUUAGUCAUAAUGAAGAUUCACAUACUGAUCCAUGUUAUUCAUUUUGUUUUCCAGCUCAGGUAGCAGACUUCGAGACCAGAAUGACCACCACUGAGAGAGAAAAUGCGGGUAAGAAUAUGUGAUAUGUGUUAAGUAAUAUGUUUAUGACAGGAAGGCUAACAUAUUUUGAGCAUUGGGAAAUGUGCUCCAUAAAUUAAAUAUGAUUACUAUUAUAUUUUGUUUAAAAUGGUUAAGUUUGUCCAUGUUUCUCUCCAUUGCAGCCGUAUAGGGCAGAUUGAGCGCAAGUGAGAGCCAGGUAGAUGAGCUGAAGAGAGAGAAUGAAGGUAAAAUUACACAAACUUGAGUUAGGCCUAUAUAAACCACUUCAACAGUGUAAUUUGUAUUGUUUUCCAAAAAUAUUUAGAAGGAUAGAAAUUAUUAGUUUAUAAACUUUGUUCUAAUCUAAUAUUUGUGAUGGGUUUAGAGAAAUGUUAACCAACUUUACAUUCAGUUUGCAGGUUGUUACAAUAAUCACUGCUGGCACCGUUUAUAUUUAGGUGCGGGAAAUCUGCAAUACAUUUUAGCUUAUAUUCUAUAACAGGUGAAGGAACUAAAGUACUAGAAAGUCAAGCACUGACAUUACUGUAUGUUUUUAUAAAAUGUUGAAGGAAAAGUCAAGCUUCAGCAACUGAGGAUGAUGUUUGUAAAUUACAGCAAUUCGGGUAAAUGUCUGUCAGUGUACUCUCUCUCCUGUCGUCACAGACAGACCAAGGUGGCAUUUUCUGCUGCUCUGGCUGAUUCGGGAAGAAUAGGCCCCUACAAUUAUGACCACACACUGAAAUACCAAAAAGUCCUCACUAACAUCGGCAGUGCUUACAGUACAGCUACAGGUACUGGCUACACCAAUCUACAUGGGCACGUAUCCACGGGGGCUCGCUACAGUCUAAUAAUACUGAUAGUUUACUUCCCCCUGCUUUUCCUGGGAUGCAGGUAUAUUCACAGCACCAGUGAAAGGAGUCUACUACUUCAGAUUCACAGCCAUGGAUGCCUGCCACUCUGAAACAAUGGGUGUGGCCUUGUUUAAGAAUAACCAGCAGAUAAAAUUCAAUGGGGGUUACAACAAUGAAGAAAGUCAGGAGUAUCUAACCAAUGGAGUCACUCUGCUGCUUGGGCAGGGAAAUGAAGUGUACAUGCUUCUCCUCUCAGGCAUGGGGCUUUAUGAUAGUUCAGCUAACCACUGCACCUUCACUGACUUCCUGCUUUUCACUAUGUGA